AUGUCCAGCCCGGAGGGAGCAAGCGGCGAUGCCUGCGAUUUUUUCGGCACGGCGGGGAGGGCUGCAGCUCUAUCUGACAGCGAGGACAGCUCCACGGAGGAGAGCGUGGACAGUGCAACCCUUAGGGCAAGGGAGGCUGAGGAGAGGCUGGUGGACUAUGGCCAGAGCAGGCAGCCACCAUCACCAAAAUCUUCGUUGCUGCCUUCUGUAGCUGCUCUGUUCUCCAAGGUCGAUGGCCCCCCGGCUUUUCUGGACCCUGAGGCCACUCGCCCGCUGGCGAAGAACCCCAGGCACGGGGCGCUGCCCUUUCCGCAGGGCGCGGCGCCCGCAGGCGAGGCGCCGAAGUCGAACAGGAAGGAGCGGAGGAAGGCGACCCCGGAAGGGGAGUUCGAUGUCGCGAACCUGGCGCCCACGCUCGGGACGGUGAGCGAGUCGGCAAAGAGGGGCCUUCCUGAGGGCGCCGUCAUCGAAGCGAAGGCGAAGAAAUACAAGCCCGAUGCUGAGGAAGCGCCGCAGUACACUGCCGUUCAGGUCGCGCUCAUGGGGGGUGAAAUUGGGGACGAAAAGGUAGCACAGCGACCGCCCAGCGGCCCCAUGGAGGUGUCCGAAUUCCUGCACAAGGGCGGCAGCGCGCUGCUUCCGCGAAAGAACAACGACCGCCGCGAGAGGGAGAAGCAGAAGCGCGCCAAGGGGCAGAGCGGCGUCAGCACGUGGAAGUCGGAGGCAGAAAUGGCGCUCAGGCAGCAAUACGACUAG